UGGACCACAAGAACUCAUUGAGGGGGAGAAUAUACAGCAUAGCCAGACAGAAGAGGCAUUCUUUCUUCUGGUUCCACUUUGAUCAUUUGAUCUCCCAAUACAAAAAAUAAAGACUGCCAAACAUACAUGUGUGUGUGUGUGUCUGAGAGAGAGAGAGAGAGAGAGAGAGCACGGCUGCUAUCAUUUCUUUGCACAGACUUGUGUAGAAUUAAAGGCUUGGGAUUGAAGGCAGGGAUCUUAAUCAUGGCAUGGAGGAACAUACUAGCUACAUCUCAUCUUCUUCCUGUAAUUGCAAUAUUGUGUAAAGAUUGCAGAAAGUUUUGGUUGUAGAGAGAGAGAGAGAGAGAGAGAAGAGGUGGAGGGCUGAAGAAGGGUUCAGUCAUUAAUGGUGUCUUCCGUUGGUUUAUGUUGAGACAUUGAAAGAGUAAAGAAGGGAGUAGUAAUGUAUGAAAAGGUGCUAAAAAGCAAAGGUGCUGCUGGGAGGUAUAUGGCUGUCACCUGAUGAGCUACUGUUUCUUUGAAUAGAAAGAGAGAGAGAGAGAGAGAGAGAGAGAGAGAGAGAUUCCUGGUGCGGAGCUCUCUAGCUAGCUAGCUUUGUUAGCUAAAAUCUUCUUUAAAAAUUAUUAAUCUUGGGAUUUUCAAGUGUCUUAAAAAAUUAUCACCUCAUUAUGGAAUCUGCAAACAGCCAUCAUCAUCAUCAUCAUCAUCAUCUCCAAGAUCAUCAAUUUCUUGGCUCUUCUUCUUCUUCUUCCCCUUCUUGCUAUGCUGUUGGUACCACCACUACUCAUCCUUGGACUACUCCUAAUUCCCUCUUGUAAGUCUCUCUCUCUCUCUCUCUCUCUCUCUCUCCCAAGUGCAUGUUUCACCAAAACCCAUUUCUCAGAAUUGCUUUGUAGGAACACAAAUGGCUUGAUGAGUUCAUACCCUAGUGAAAACCUUUCAAAUUCAAGAGAACCAAGGCAUCAAGAAGCCACUUUCCUCUCUUCACAAUACACUUCCAUGGCUCCUGCAGACUUGGGCUUCCACUGGGCUAAUACAACAGCAAAUUUCACCACUCUUAGUCAUCAAUCUGCUCAAGAUUUAAGGAUUAAGGAAGACUUGGCCGACCAUUACUACCGCAAGUACACCGAGAUACUAAGCAGCAGCUGCUCACCAUCAAGCACUGAUGAACUAAGCCUGCAGAGGAAUGCGCAAAGGAGUUUGCAGCCUAACGGCAUCGACACAAAGCUCUUUCUAAAAUCAGUCUCAUCCGGUAAUCUGAUGAACAAGGCUCAGCUUUCGCAGGGGGACUUAUACAGCUCCAACGUUACAGGUGCUGCUGCAGUUAAUGGAAGAGGGUUCAGCCAGAUUCUUCCUAGCAUUAACAUUUCGAAUUUGAACCAAACGGGGUUGACGAAUCCGGCGUCGUCGUUGGACAUGAACUUGGAGGCUCUGGAUCUCCUUACUUCUUCAAGAUUUGGUGGGAGCUAUGACCCUUCUUCACAAAAUCAAAUUGGGCUCUUGAGAGAUGGAUUUUCUUAUGGCUUUGAUCAUAUGCAGCAAUCACAUCAAAUCCCAUUGUUGUAUAGCUCCAACAAUAAGGUAUCGACCCCGGCUAAUCUUGGAGCUGCAGAAGCGAAACGAAGCAGCAGUAAAACGGAGCCGAAGGCGCCACUUCAAAGUGCACCAAAAAAGUCGCGGUUAGAAGCACGCGCGUCCUGCCCCCCCUUUAAGGUUAGAAAGGAGAAAUUGGGAGAUAGGAUUGCUGCCCUUCAACAGUUAGUAGCGCCUUUUGGCAAGACAGACACAGCGUCCGUACUCAUGGAGGCCAUUGGAUACAUCAAAUUCCUUCAGAACCAAGUUGAGACACUGAGUGUCCCUUACAUGAAGGCAUCACGGAACAAGUCCAGUAGAGCAAUGAAAGGGGGUCCUACUGAUAACGAACACGAAGAGCCAAAGCGCGACCUGAAAAGCCGAGGCCUGUGCUUGGUUCCGCUGUCGUGCUUGUCUUACAUAACUGACGGCGGUGGCGCCGCUGUAUGGCCGCCGCCUCACUUUGGUGGCGCCACGUAGAAUCUGAAUCCCGCCACCCUUGAUGUUGUAUCAUUAAUGUUUUGAUGAUCAUGACUAUGUUCGUUUAAUUACUAGCCUUGAGAAUUUGGGUUCAAUGAAGCUUAAUUCAAUUUUAAUGGAGCAAACUUGGUCAUCCUACAAAAAGGCAAGAACGAUUAAGUUUUUGGGAUGGACCAAGUUUGAUCCAUUAUAUCAGUAGGUGAGCAGGUCAGGUGUGUUAAUUUCCUAGCUCCAUCUUAAUUAUUAUUAACAUUGUUUGAGUGAA